AUCAACUUUCCUUGUCUACUUAUCUCAGGGAUUAUUUCCACUUGCUAAAGAUUUGAUCCCUUGUCAAUGAUUUUCUAUUAAAUUGAUAAUAAUUCAAAGUAAAACAGAAACACACAUACUUCAAUGGCAGCUUUGAGGCUAAGAAUUUAUAUCCUGGUUUUCUGUGCUUGCCUAGUUAUUCAGUGCAGCUGCUAUUGCCAUUCUGUGCUUCAGAAAAAGCAUGCAGCCCUAUUCAUCUUUGGUGAUUCACUUUAUGAUCCUGGAAAUAAUAACUACAUAAACACCACCACUGAUUUCCAGGCCAAUUGGGUCCCAUAUGGUGAGACCUUCUUCAAGUAUCCAACUGGCAGAUUUUGCGAUGGACGUUUAAUCCCAGAUUUUCUUGCUCAGUAUGCCAAGUUACCGAUUAUACCAGCAUAUUUACAACCUGGGUUGAACAACUAUACUAAUGGGGUGAACUUUGCUUCUGGUGGAGCUGGUGCUCUAGUUGAAAGUCAUCAGGGACUUGUGAUAGACCUUAAAACUCAAAUAAGUCAAUUCAGGAAGGUGGAGAAGCAGUUGAGGCACAAACUGGGUGAUGCACAAGCCUACACGGUGCUCUCCAAAGCUGUUUACAUAAUUAGCAUUGGAGGCAAUGACUAUUUGUCUCCAUUAGCGUCCAAUUUUAGCAAUGAAGAAUACGUUGGCUUGGUUAUUGGCAACCUGACAAUUUGGAUCAAAGAAAUAUACAAGAAAGGAGGAAGGAAAUUUGGAUUUUCAACCUUGCUGCCUCUCAGUGAAAUACCGAGCCUGAGAGUACAUAAACCAGGGGACACAAGCCCCUCAGCGGAAGAAGUUACACCACUAGUGAAACUACACAAUAAAGCACUUGGAAAACUCCUCCUAAAGCUGAAGAGAGAGCUCCAAGGACUCAAAUACUCAACCAUUGAUCUCCAUACAUACCUAAAACAAAUUAUAAAUCGUCCAUCAAAAUAUGGCUUCGGUGAAGGAAAGACGGCAUGUUGUGGCUCUGGUCCAUACAGAGCAAUUUAUUCUUGUGGAGGGAAGAGAGGAGUGACUAAGUAUCAGUUGUGUGACAAUGUUACUGAAUAUGUAUUUUUCGACUCUUUCCAUCCAACCGAAAAGGUUUACCGGAAACUGUCCAAGUUAUGGUGGAGGCAUAACUUGAAGGAUCUAUUUGAAGUUUAGACAAAACUAGCUAGUAAUGCUCGCGCGUUGUUGCGGGAUUACAAAUUGCAUGAAUAAUUAUGUAUCAUUCUCUUCAAACAGUUUCUCUAAUUAUGAGUUUUAUUAAGCAAGAAAUAAGACUUUUUUCUUGUCACA